AUGAUCACUGCAUCUCAAUUACGGGGAGCGACUCCGGUCGGCGGAUAUUCUUGGCGGCCGCCGUCUCCACCUCAUAUCCAUGUGCCGCAGGCUCCAGAGGACCAGCAACUUGUCUUACCUGCAUAUAAUGGAAUGAAUUAUGAUCUGGAGGAGAGGGAGAUCCUCAAGGUGAUUACGCGAAACCACAACGUUGUUGUCGGAGUCAAGGAUUGGAAGUAUGAAAUGAGGAGAAGUGCGCAGGCCAUACAACCCUUUCUAUACCUCGGACCCUCUUCUGCCACUCGAGACUUGGACUUCAUGCGGAGGGAAGGCGUCACUAUGUUGCUGGUGAUCAGAAACACAAUGACUGCAGCUGCAAGCUUGUUGAGUGGGGACAAAGUUGCGAGAGAAUUGGGGAUCCAAGCGGCUGCUGUGGAUGUAGCUGGCAACCAAGAGCUCAUCGCAGCCUUUCCAAGAGCCUGCAAAAUCAUCAAUGACCAUCUUCUUUCCCAAUUUCGCCAAGGCAUCGCGAACGGUACAGUUCAUUCCGGAGCAAUAACCACACCCGGCAAGGUGUUUGUCUUCUGCGAGUCUGGCAAUGAACGAUCAGCAGCUGUGGUUGCAGCUUAUCUCAUGAAUAUGUUCAACCUCGAUCUGAUAUCGGCAAUACAAUAUGUCCAGACGCAACGCUUCUGUGUUGCUUUCGACGAUGGGUUGAAGAACCUGCUGUUGAAUUACGAGGAGUUACUCAACGCCCAACGAUGUGUCUCUGCAGCUACGAUGACAACACAAAUAAGAAGUGUCCCAAGUAACGCAAGGCCAAAAAGGCGCAGAGAGGAGGAUUCAGACAACGAGGUGGGGAUGUCUCUUGACAAUUCAGAUGAUGAGAGAUUCGCCGGUCGUGGUGGAUUUGUUCCUUUCCAAGAUAACUGGGCGUCUUGA